AUAAUUCGUAUAUGGUCGGACGCAUUUUAAGAACUGUUUCAUAAAAUCCCCUCUGAGUUGUAGCGGGAAUAAACGCAUCCUCAACAAAUGAGGAAAUAAAACUGGACAGGUGUUUACACGCAUUUGGUAACUCCGAUGAGAGAAGUCAACUGCGAUUUGAUUCAUUUCAUAAAAAGAAGAAAUAAAGUCUUUAUUGUCAGUUGGUAUGAUUCAUUAGAUGUAUUUAAAGAUUGUGGUGAUGGAGACCGCGUUAUUGAUCACAUUGCUAUUUGGGGGGCUCAGUGAAAUUGCAUGGCGCGUCUCUGGAAUAGAAGUUCGUCUUAUUGGAGGAGGAGACGAAAGACGAGGGCGGGUAGAAGUCCUUCAUGAUGGGCUCUGGGGUAGUAUCUGUGACGAUGGCUGGGAUAUCCAAGAUGCCAUGGUCGUCUGUCGAAAACUUGGCUACGGGAACGCAUCGGAGGCAACUGGGUAUGCAGCAUAUCGCCCUGGAUCUGGUCCCAUCUUCCUGGAUAAUGUAGACUGCACUGGACAAGAAAUGGAUCUAGAUGAUUGCAGUCAUAAUGGAUUUGAAGUUCACGAUUGUCAGCAUAGCGAGGACGCUGGCGUAGAAUGCAUACCAAAAGAUCUGCAAGUACGGCUACUUGGCGGGGAAUCAGCCUUAGAGGGUCGCGUAGAGGUCUUCUACAACGGUUCCUGGGGAACAGUUUGCGAUGAUGACUGGAGUUUGAGUGACGCCAGAGUUGUAUGCCGAAUGUUGGGCUUUCAAACAGCCGUUAGGAUCACCACCAACGCUGAGUUUGGAGAAGGUUCUGGAAGUAUUCUUUUGGAUGAUGUUAGAUGCGUCGGGAAUGAACGUAACCUUGCGGAAUGCUAUCACGGUGGGUAUGGGAUCCAUAAUUGUGGGCACUCGGACGACGCAGGAGUGGUCUGCAGUUUGAAUGUUCUACAAGUUCGUCUUGUCGGUGGGCAAUCAGCCUUAGAAGGUCGCGUAGAGGUGUUCAAGGACGGUUCUUGGGGAACAGUUUGCGAUGAUAACUGGAGCUCGAGUGACGCCAGAGUUGUAUGCCGAAUGUUGGGCUUCCAAGUGGCCACUCGGGCAGCCCGCGGCGCUGAGUUUGGACAAGGUUCUGGAAGUAUUCUCUUGGAUGAUGUUGGAUGCAUCGGGGAUGAACGCAACCUUGCAGAUUGCUCUCACAGUGGAUAUGGGAUUCAUAAUUGUGGACACUCAGAAGAUGCAGGGGUGGUCUGCAGUAAUGAUGUUAAUGAUGAACUGGAAGUCCGUCUUAUUGAUGGAGAAUCAGCCUCAGAAGGUCGUGUAGAGGUGUUCUAUGACGGUUCCUGGGGCACAGUUUGCGAUGAUGGCUGGAACUUGAGAGACGCAAGAGUUGUAUGCCGAAUGUUGGGCUUUCAAACAGCCGUUCGCGCAGCCAGCAGUGCUGCGUUUGGAGAAGGUUCUGGAAGUAUUCUCUUGGAUGAUGUCAACUGCAUCGGGAAUGAAGACAACCUUGGGGAAUGCUCUCACAGGGGAUAUGGGAUUCAUAAUUGUGGGCACUCCGAAGAUGCUGGGGUGGUCUGUGGCAAAGCCGAUGGGCAAAUUGAAAUUCGCCUUGUAGGUGGAAGAGAGCAAAAUGAAGGCCGCUUAGCAAUGCUGUUUAACUCAUCGUGGGGUACACUUUGUGGGCGAGGAUGGGACUUAAAGGAGGCCGACGUGGCCUGUCGACUGUUAGGCUUCCCAGGUGCUUCAGACGUUCUCCAUAACGCUGCAUUCGGCAAAGGGACUGGGAAGGUACUUCUGGAAGACAUCUCGUGUCUUGGAUCGGAGGACACCUUGAUGAACUGUACCUUCAUUUCCAUAGAGGCCGUCGACUGCCCCCACAAUCUGGAUGUUGGAGUCAUGUGCAAAAAUGAAGGUACGCUGAUGUCACAGAAAUCCUCUAGCCAAAUGGCGAUGAUGUCCUCGAGCGAAAUGUCGUCAACCAGAAAUCCAGAAAAUUACUCGGAACACCAAGAUCGAACUUCGGACUUGACAUCACCUGUUGAUAAGAGUCGUAAUCCCCCUUUGGCCCUCUUGUUGGUUGGGACGAUCCUGGCAGUGAUUUGCGCUAUUUUCAUUGUUGCAGUUCUCUUCGGGUACUAUCGUAUCAGAAGAUUGAGGGAGAUGAUAAAGGUCCAAGGUAAACAUCCUUGUUCAAAUGUGACUGGAUUCCCGAAAGAAGAUUCAUCAUAUGAAACACUCGACUUGCCCAAGACUUCAACAGGAAUUACUGAUGAAAAGGGAUGCACCGGAAAACACCUCUACACGGGCUUAAAGGUGUCUGGAAUUAGCCCUACAGACCAGGUCUACACAGAAAUGACAAUUUCGAAGGAUUGCGAUGACGAGAGUCAUGGUUGCAGUUAUAAAUCUUCAAAACCCUCUAAUGGCAUCAGGCCAAAGGCUGGCAAGCUUGGUACUCGAGAGAGGGACAUUCCAUUGCCCUCGGAACCGUUGGACCCCAUAUAUGCCAAUUGCUGAUUACAUUCUAAGUAUAUUCUGGCUUCCUACAUUUAGGGGGAGGCGCGAUAGCUCAGUUGGUAGAGCGGGGGUUUCGGAUUCUGGUGACCCGGGUUCGAUUCACUAGUGG